CAAAACCUUUUCAAAAACAGUUCCAAACAAAAUGUGUUGGAUGGAUUUAUUUUGAUGUGAGCGGACAACAGGGGACAGCCUUUUUUACUAGAGGAAGCAUUAUUAUGGAUAUAUUCUGGCUUGUAUUUUAGCCAGAAGCAGUGGUUUAAAGUUAAAACGCUUUAAUGAUGGUUUUAAUUUAAAUUGGAGACUGGAGUGAAUUUAAACUAUUUAUGUGUAAAAUUAUAAAUAAGUAAAAAAUGACUGAAAGCAGCUCCGAAACGAUCACCUCACAAGUUUUGUUGUGGUUAGCAUUUAAAGUGUGGUUACACUUAACAGUGCCACUUAACUGAAACGGUGGUGCAAAAAUGAUGUUUUCGUAACUUCAACAGGGUAAAUAUUUUGCGUUCUCUGCAAUGUAAACAAAGGCAGGUCUGAGUGAAUGAAUUUGAGUACUCGUAAUCCUGGGUGAAAACAAACACAGCCCUCCCCUCUGCGGAAGCUCUACUGUACUUUAUCAGCUGCUGGUUACUGCCUCCAAGGUGGUUUUGUUCCUCAUUGCACUUGUACCCGCAUGUCUGAGUCUGUGUCAUGUUUGCUCUCUCUGUGUGUUUUGCUCGUUCAGUACGAUGCUGCUUCCAUCCGGCCUAGCGUGGUGUUGUGCUCCUGUGCUUCUUCAUCAAUGGUAAGGACUCAGCUGAACUCCAGCCUUCCUCACUGUCUCAGUAUGGAGGUCCGCGGGGGUGAGGCAAGCGUUCAGCCAAAGACGUCUAUUAUCAAGCCUCCACAGUCACACAAGAAGGAGGACUUCAGCUUUGGCAAGAUUUUAGGGGAGGGUUCCUUCUCAACAGUUGUACUGGCAAAGGAACUGGCCACAGGAAAGGAAUAUGCAAUGAAGAUUCUAGAGAAGAAUCACAUCAGGAAAGAGAAUAAAGCACACUAUGUGAUCAGAGAGAAGGAUAUAUUGUCAAGCAUAGAUCAUCCCUUUUUCGUAAAGCUCUACUUCACGUUUCAAGAUUCACAUAAAUUGUAUUUUGCCCUCAGUUAUGCAAAGAAUGGAGAACUACUUAGAUACAUUCGCAAAAUAGGCUCAUUUGAUGAGACUUGCACAAGAUUCUACACUGCUGAGAUAGUUUGUGCACUCGAGUAUUUGCACGCAAUGGGAAUUAUUCACAGGGACCUUAAGCCAGAGAACAUUUUAUUGAGCGAAGAGAUGCACAUUCAAAUUACGGAUUUCGGGACCGCAAAACAGUUGUCGAUGGACAGCGCUCAAACAAGAGCCAAUUCUUUUGUUGGCACUGCACAGUAUGUUUCUCCAGAGCUGCUGACGGAAAAAUCAGCCUCCAAAAGUUCUGACCUCUGGGCACUGGGUUGCAUAAUCUACCAGCUGGUGGCCGGAUUACCUCCGUUUAGAGCUGGGAAUGAGUACUUGAUUUUCCAGAAGAUAAUAAAGCUGGAAUAUGGAUUUCCUGAGAAGUUCUUCCCUAAAGCUAAAGAUCUGGUGCAGCGACUGUUGUCUUUGGACCCUAGAAAGCGGCUAGGAUGUGAGGAAAUGGGUGGGUUCAAUCCACUGAAAGGCCACAUGUUCUUUGAGACGAUCUCAUGGGAGAACUUGCCGGAUCAGACUCCACCCAAGCUGACCCCUUACCUACCAGCCAUGGCUGAAGAUGAUGAAGAAUACUAUGGCAACUAUGAAGAUCUCCUCAGUCAGUUCAAGAGCCUGCAGGUGGUCGCAUCGAGCUCAUCUCAGAUCGUCCCACUGAGAUCCUGCAGCAAUAUUGAGCAGUACAUCCAUGACCUGGACAGCAACUCCUUUGAACUGGACCUGCAGUUCUCCAGUGAGGAGAAACAGCUUCUGCUGCAGAAGCAAACAAGUGGCAACCCUUGGCACCAGUUUGUUGAGAAUAACUUGAUAUAUAAAAUGGGACCUGUUGACAAACGAAAGGGACUGUUUGCUCGACGCCGUCAGCUUCUACUGACAGAAGGGCCACAUCUAUAUUAUGUGGAUCCUGUGAAUAAAGUACUAAAGGGGGAAAUUCUAUGGUCUCCAGAGUUGCGUCCUGAGGCCAAGAAUUUCAAGACGUUUUUUGUCCAUACGCCAAACAGGACAUAUUAUCUAAUGGAUCCCAGUGGUAAUGCAGACAAAUGGUGUAAGAAGAUUCAAGAGGUGUGGGGAACAGUAUAUCACUAGUAAGAGACUACUGACAUGCCGGGGCAUCAGAAGACCACUGCAGUCAAGGCAAGUCUUAGGGGUCUGAGCCCUUCACCAUUCAACUACCAGUCUGGAAGUCAACUGCGUUUAUUGGACUAAUGCAUCAAUAUUCCUUCUUGAAGAGAAAAUAUGUUUUGUUUGCUAUGUUUUUGUCAUAGAUAGCAGGUGUAAUAUAAAAGCAAAGUUCUGUAAAACUCAGCAAAUCCACAAUUUGUACACUAUAUAUGGGUAUAUAGAUAUGUAUAGGAAGUAUCCCCAAAAGCUUGGGGAAAAAACACUCAAUCUGUUGCCUUUUAAAAUAAUAAGGAUAGCUAUAUAGGACACUCAGAUGAUCCUACAGGUCAAGUAAAUAUUACAUUGAUACAGAUAUCAUUAAUAUAUUUAUAUUUAUUCUCUAAGUCAUGUUGUUCACCUGUAUAAUAUCAUAUUACAUGGAAAUAUUAUCAUCAGAAAACAAUCACCUUAGAGCUGUUUAAUGGGAGUAGUAUUUAGUAUGAAAUUUAUCCAGCAAUGGAUUAUUAUUAUUAUAAUUUUUUUUUGUUGUGGUUUCACAUGUGAAACUUGCACUGGGUACCUUAAAUCUGCUGUUUAUAUAUAUUUAUAUAUAUAAAAUGUUAUUUAUAAACAUGGUUUAGUUUGAAUACAAGUACUUGAUAAGGUACGUUACACAGUAUACACUGCAAGCGGGCAGCAUUCGGUGUUGCAACAAAAGCGGAUGGCUGUCAUCAGUCAUGUUUUGUCAUGCCGGGUCACUGUCUUGCAGUGUAAAUAUGGUGUUAUACCUACAGGAUUUGAGCUGUGAAGAGAAUCGCAACUGUAAAUAAGGGCCGUGUUUGCAGAUACAGUUUUUGACCACUUUAUUGUACAUUAAAAAAAGAUGUUGGUCCAGCACAGACAAAUGGAAAUGCUGUAACUAAGUGAGAAUCAAACACAGCAGUGUGUUUUUCCUCUUCUGUUGUGUAUUCUCCCUGCAUUUUCUUUGAGGAAUUGUUCAAUCGUGUAUUUAUAAUUCGACUAGGUUUGUCAACGAAUGUAACUGUGAUGUACAGAUGAUGUAUUAUUCAGAAAGUAACACAGUGUUACUGGAUUUGCACCUUGUAUAAUUUUAUUCUUAUAUAAGAUUAUUCGCUGGCAGUUGGCUCAGCCUGUAGUACCUAAUAUUAUUUAAAUUCUAAUAUUCAGAGAUUUUAAUUGACUCAUGUUCAGGGGCCACGUGUUGUAAAUAUUGAAAUGUAAAGCCUUCGAAUGUGAAUGAUCGCUGUAAUAUUUUGCAAGAAUUUUUUUAUGUGUCCUAAUCAGGUCACUUAAAUUAUAUCAGAUUCAAUUGUUUAUGCCCUUGGGUUUCUGUGCACCUUUAAUGAUACUGAAGAAUGUCCAGAAGAAAAUAAUGUUAAGGCUCAUAAUAAAUGUGUAUAUGAUUAGUAA